GAGAGUGGUGGCUUCGAUAUCAAGGCCACUGAGGAGUGGGCGUUCGAGUUGAAGAAGCUCCCAGCCAACCAAAAGGCAAACGAAAACAAUGCUGCCUCCUUGUUGACCGAUCUCAAGUUCCCGGAUGUUAGCGAUUACUUGGUGGCUCGCAAGCGCAUGAAGUACAUGGACACCAAGCAGCAGGUAGGUAUUUUCCCGCAGAAGCCCGGCAUUUUCCUCAAGGGCGAUGUGACUGUCAAGCAAGGGAAACUUUAUCCGUUGAGCUGA